AUGGAAACAUGUGUCCGCGGAAGUGUAAAUAACGUCUCUGGGGGCAAUGCCGAACGAACAUUUUUAAAAGUACCACUGCAGUAUAGCCUGGUGCCCUCACCUUUCCGUUAUGCUCCACCUAGAAGAAAAUUCCAGAAAGGACUUCAGUUAACCAGGGCCUUUAAUGACAUCUUCUCAAAAAAUGAUGAGGAUAUUGGACUCACUGCUCGAGUGAAACAUCAGAAUGAACUUACCAAUCCUGUGCCAUUCAAACAGCGACACAGAAAGAUUCCACUCAGCAUGAUUGACGAAGUGAGGAACCAUAUCCAGCAACUGCUUACUAGUGGUGUGAUCAGACGUUCAAAGUCGCCAUGGGCCAGUAACGUGGUGUUAGUGAGGAAGAAGAAUGGUCAGCUCAGGAUGUCCAUCGACUAUUGA